UGUACGGUGCAAGUUUGCCCUCAGGUCCAACAGCUAGUUCCGAUCCUUUUUAUGUCGGAUUUGAGAUCCUAACCAAAGAAAUAACGAUCAAGCAAGGUGAGACGGGACAGGUUCGAGUGCGAGCCACGGCGCCUUUCCGAUGCGGAAACCUGUCCGAGACGUUCUCAUCUUUUUGUUCCAUGCCAAUAGAGAUACCAACUGCUAACUCAAAAAACGGGUUUUCCCAGGACGAUUGCGCCAUUUCCAUACCUUAUACACAGUGGAACCAACCAGUAUUUGUUACUGUACAUGGAACUAUAACACCAGAAUAUGGCAGAGGACGACUGGAUUCUCUACUAGUUCUGAGGACCCCUGCAGCAAGCCUGCUAUUUCCCUAUUGGGCCAACCAUACUAUUGGAACAGUAAAGGUUACAGUAUUAAAAGAUACAGCUCUGGUUAGAAGCAAAUCAUGCUCCUCCAAUAACGACCCAUAUGUACGUCAAUUUGAUAGGAUAAAGCUGACUCUACAGAUGGAGGGACGUUUUACAUUAUAUAAACUGGCUAGUCAAUUAAUAGAGAUACAGAUCGAUGUACAGAAAUGUACCAGGAGAACUGGAUACUGUAAUUGUGGGGUAGCUGUUCAAUCCGGGAAGACGGUGUUCUCCAUCAAUAGCUGCGAUACCAGGUCAUGGAGAAUACAGCAUCACGGCUGUGACGACUCUGACAACGCCAUGGAAAUAAAAAAGAGAUACAGUAUUUAUGAUAUAUAUUUGCCCACGGGGGCACGAGUACAAGUCCAUACCUUCUCCAUUGGGAACGGAAAGAACGCCUUAAAUGUUUAUCUUCCUGGCACGAUCCUUGAUACGUUGGCAAGUCGUGGUUUGUGCGGCCAGCUCUCUAACACACGCAGUGACGACUUAAUCAUGAGAGAUGAGACAUGGAGCAGCAACAGAAAUACGUUCAUCAAUUCCUGGAGAGUAGGGACGCACGACCUGUUUAACACCGAUUAUGUGAGGACACUUACAACGUUGCAACAGUCCCCAAAGUACUGCUCCUGUGAAGGCGGCAGAAACGUCACAUGUUCUCUUUCGACGAUGACCACUGUGGUCAGGCCAAAUCAUUACAAGGACGUUCCCUGUGCUAUACACGGCAACAGGAAGAAGCGAAUGGUGCCGAACAGGAACAUCGGCCACCGAUACAAAAGGCAAACUUCAACAGAAGUGUGGAACAACCAGACAGCGGCUGAAUUCUGCAACAACCUGUUCGCAGCGUCCACGACCGUCCAGCUGUGCAGCAACGUCACAGGAGUCGACAUCAACAGCAGCCGCGACGACUGCAUCAGUGACAUUAUGCUCUCUGGCACAACUGACUUUCAAAUGAUGUCUAUCGGCUCAGUGCGUACUUCCUGUGAGACGGAAGUAUUUCUCAACCCCGAUCUUUGGGUAACUGACCCCAACAACCCAGGGGCCCCUACUGUGUUAGACACGAUCACCAACAACGUCUGUCCCAACGACUGUAGCAACAGAGGCACCUGCAACAAAGGACUGUGCAUCUGCAGUGCCGGAUUUGGCAGUGCUGACUGUUCAGUGGACUUGACCCAACCACCUGUUCUGGACGAGGCCGAGGACAACGGUCACUGUGACCUGGCUACCAGCAACUGCCAGAUGUUGACAGUGUUUGGAUUGACCUUUCUAGAAGAUGCAGAAAUCAAAUGUCGAGCCACUAAAUUCACGGUGGGCAAUGGUGGAUCCCUUAAUGAGCCGGAUACCCAGGUAUCAGAUGGUACUGAGCGGAGCUUGAGUGAAGUGGGGUGCCCUGUAAGGGUGGAUGCACCCAGGGGCAUUGUCACAGCCUACAACAUCUCCGUGGCCAACAUUGACAACAUCUACAGCGAGAGUGUCGGAGUUCUGGUAUAUGAUAGCACGUGUGUGACUGUUGAUCACGAGUCCAAAAUCUGGAUCGUACGGAAUGGAUACACAGUGCAAAACGGCGUGUGCAUCAGUAGAGACAGCUCAAGCGGCCCUGACGACACCACCACAACCCGAUCGACGCCGACAUCAAAACCGAUCAUAGACGUAACUGAUUCAGUUGUGAUACCAAAUAGCACAGGCGCCAACUGCAAAAUCACCAUGUCCUAUGUGACACUCCUUGCCUCCCUUAUUUCUGGUGUCCUCUCACUGGCUUUGCGUGACUUCUGAACUCCCCCAUUGACCCUAUCCAGGGACCUUAUACAGUCGAUCUAUAUCCGAGUAGGCGAUAGGCUAAAUACUAAGCUUGAACUAGACUCGUUUAAGACAAGUAUCUAUACAACCUGCAGGCCAAUCUUUACAAUCUCAUUCUUCGCGGAUGAUAUUUGUUUGUUGUUUCGAGCUUUAUUUAGCAGUUUUCCAGCUAAAUGACGGGUGCUUAUACGUAGGUAAGUCUGGACCAGACAAUCUAGUGACACUUUAAGCAAUGAUAUACCCGGUCGGGGUACGAUGACACGCCUUCAACCCAGUCACCGAACUUGACCACCCUGUCCAUUUG